UGCCACGUCAGACAUAGUGCCACGUCAGACAAAGUGCCACGUCAGCAACAUGACGGACCUGCCAGCCCAACUGGACAAUGAGCCCAUUGCCGACUACGAAAAGCGUGUCCAUGCUCAGCUCGCUGCAAUCGAGGCUGAGGAACAACGCCAGCUGGCAGUCAAGGCUGCCCAGCUACAGGAUGAUGAAGCGGCAACAGCAGAGAAGCUGCGGCUACAGGCUGAAGCAGACGCAGAUGCCCAGGCUCGCCGCAAGGAAGCCCAGGCUCUGCUGCAGCGGCAUGAAGCCAGCAGCAUCGAGAAACUCAAGUACUGGCAUUUUGAACCAAACGGCGACGAGCCAACACCGGAAGAGCAGCAUAGGGAGUUCAUGGCCAAGCUCGUGAGCAGGUUGGUUUACACAUGUAACCACCUACAGUCCGAGCUGGCAAACCUACAGCGGGCCGUGCGGAAUCAGAAGACUCAGCACGAGGAUGCCACACGGGCACUGGACGCCCGUGUACUGGACCUGGAACAGGCUGUACCAGGACCAGAUGCUGGAGCUUCCAGCAGUGCAUCCUCUAGCCGCCAACUGGAGGAAUACGUUGACCACGUAGUGGCAAUGCUAGGAGACAUAAGUGUCUUCACAGAGCCGGCCACCAUCAGCCAGCGGUUCGAGUUGCUGGACACUAAGAUCAGUCAGCAACAGCAGACUGACCACAGCCACAACAACAGCUCGGCGAGGCCAUACAAGAUGCCGACGUUCCGGAUCGCGAAAUUUGAUGCUACACACAUCAAGACCCGGUCGUCUGGUGGCAAGGAUUUACAACGGAGUUGGGGAUUCACGAAGUCCCUGACCAUCUGUCAAGGAUUUACAACGGAGUUGGGGAUUCACGAAGUCCCUGACCAUCUGUUCAUCAGUGCUCUGUUCAUCAACACCAAGGGAGGUUGUCAGAUCUGGCUCAGCCACAUGGCAACCAUCCAAGGCGUCCAGGUUUCAGACCUGUACAAGAAGGUCUCCUGGGAAGACAUGACAAAGGAAUGGAAGAAGCGGUUCAUCGUCGACGACGCCCCGACACUUGCCGUCAACCGCAUCUUCACGAUGGCUCAAGGGAGCACACCUACACGUAACUGGCUCACGGAUUGGCAGAAAGUCGUGGCAACGCCCGAUUUGGACUUGUCAUUUCCGCAUCUGCGGCGUGAGUUCUACAACAGGUCAUGCACCACUCUCAGCCUCGCACUUGGUGAUCGCGAGCAGUACAACACUUUCGCGGAGAUAAUCAACAAAGCGAGAGAGCUCAUCAAGACUAACAGGCCAAAACACGAGAAGUCCACGUGGCAGCCAACCUAUGUGGAGAAGGUACGAACUGGUCCGCGACAGCAGCAGUUCGCUGCAGUCCAGUCGGACAGUGGAGAUAACCCAACAGCCACUCCAGCAUCAAGUGACGGAGAUCAGGUGGCUGCUGUCCAGCCGCAAAGCACCAACAAGUCCCUCAACAAUGGGAAGGCGAAAUCCGCAUCACGGGCCGGAAAUGGACAACCAGGACAGUUUCCAUGGGUCAAGUUUGGCUUGACCGAGGCGGAGUACAAGGUCCGCGGCCGCUACGGCAGCUGCUAUUGGUGCAACAACACCAAGCACAAGACCUCCCUGUGCCAAGAUCAGGGCAAGGAGGAUGUGCGACCCUGCCUCAGAGCUCAGCGGAAGGCUUAUGCUCUCCACUUGGUUCCACCGCUGGACCAACCGCUCCACGUGCAACAGUCCACCGCAUGCACGGUUUCAUCACCAUCAGCAACUGAUUCAGCAGCUUCGCCGCAAUCUAUCGUCGGGGAUUCGAUGUCAUGGUCAAGACUUGAUGAGCUCGACCCGUUGACGUUCACGGACUUCCAGUGGAUGCCCGUUCCCUCGACCGGACGAUUGUUGAAACCGCAUUGCAACGUGCUUAUGGCACAAUUGCGGGACUACUUGCACACUGCAGUACCAGCUCCGUUGAUGGACGCCGGAGCAGAGGUUGUCGACCUUCACGCUUUCAUCACGAAGAUCGACCGCGAGUUCAAGACGCAACGAUACGACGACAUCAACGCACCAUUGCUAUACAUACGCAUUCAGAUCGGAGAGGCGACCUGCAGUGCCUUGAUCGAUUGCGGAGCAUCUCGCAACUACAUCAACCAGGACAUCAUGGUACGCGCCGGCCUUGGCCCACGAGUCCGGAGGAAGUCCCAGCCUACGCAAGUCACUCUGGCAGACGGUCAUACGCACAAGUCCAUCGACCGGUGCAUUGACGCCGUCCCAGUGUACUUUGCCCCUCACGCAAGUGAGGCGGUGUCCUUUGACAUUCUGGACACCAAAUUCGACAUGAUCUUGGGCAUGUCAUGGUUGCGAAGCGAGGAUCACCCGGUGAACUUCUUCAACCGCACCGUUCACGUUCGUGAUCGGAACGGAGUAUUAGUUCCAUGCACGGUGCCUCUUCCUCAUCCUUCGAUCAGCUGCCACGUGGUAUCCGCCGCAAGCAUGCGAGCUUCCAUCAUCAGAGACGACAAAGAGGAGAUGGGGGUGUGUUUUCUCCACGCCCUCUCGCCACAUGACGCUUCAUCGACGGACUCACCUUCGGAUCCACGCAUCACCGAGCUUCUCGACGCCUACAGUGACGUGUUCGAAGGCCCGCACGGAGUAGUACCGGAUCGACCCAUCCGCCACGAGAUCAUCCUCGAGGACGGGGUCGUACCUCCGCGCGGUUGCAUCUACCGAAUGAGCGAGGAAGAGUUAAGUGUGCUUCGGGCACAACUCGACGACCUUCUGGAGAAAGGCUGGAUUCGGCCUAGCUCAUCACCAUACGGAGCUCCUGUUCUCUUCGUCCGGAAGAAGAACAAGGAUCUGCGGUUGUGCAUCGAUUAUCGCAAGCUCAACGUGCAGACGAUCAGGAACGAUGGCCCUCUCCCACGCAUCGACGACCUUCUCGAGCGAUUAGGCGGCGCGCAGUUCUUCUCUAAGCUGGAUCUCAAGUCAGGGUACCACCAACUCGAGAUUCGCAAGGAGGAUCGCUACAAGACCGCGUUCAAGACACGGUAUGGGCAUUUCAAAUGGUUGGCCAUGCCAUUUGGCCUUACGAAUGCCCCAGCCACUUUCCAAGCGGCUAUGACGACGGAGUUCCGACACAUGCUGGAUCGUUUCGUACUUAUCUACCUCGAUGACAUUCUGGUUUACAGUCGGAGUCUGGACGAGCAUGUGGAACACCUGCACACCGUUGCAUUACAACAUUGAUUGUUCGGAUCACUGGUAUCCAAGUCUUCCGCUG